CACCGGGAGCCGCCGCCGCCUCCUCCUCGCCCAUUGAAGCGAUGCCCGCACGUCUCCGUGGCAGCCCCGCCACGCGUGGGGACGGGCUGGGAUUUCACCCGCACGACGGCCAGCACCAUCCUCUCCCGUGACCCCCGCUGCCCACCCCAGGCGGGCUGCCGGAGCUGCCCCGGGAGUGAUGCUGGCAGGAGCCAUGUGAUGCUGGGCUAGCGCUGCUCUCCCGUCCCUCUCCCGCUCGCUCGCAGGCUGUCAUGGCGACUCCCAACAACGUUACUCCCACCAACUGCAGCUGGUGGCCCAUCUCGGCGCUGGAGAGCGACGCGGGGAAAUCCACGGAAGGGGAGGAAAACCAGGACCCGACAGACCCCGCUCUCAAAUCCCAGGACAGACUGGUUUUGUACCACUGGACCCAGUCCUUCAGCUCACAAAAGGUGCGGUUGGUGAUCGCGGAGAAGGGGCUGCCCUGCGAGGAGCGGGAUGUCAGCCUGCCCCUGAUGGAGCACAAGGAGCCCUGGUUCAUGCGGCUCAACCUGGGGGAGGAGGUGCCUGUCAUCAUCCACAAGGACAACAUCAUCAGUGAUUACAACCAGAUCAUUGACUACAUGGAGAAGAACUUCACGGGAGAGAACGUGCCCCAGCUGAUCCCUGAGCCGGGCAGCCUGCUGCACUCGCGGGUGCUGCAGUACCGGGAGCUGCUGGACUCGCUGCCCAUGGACGCCUACACCCACGGCUGCAUCCUGCACCCCGAGCUCACCACCGACUCCAUGAUCCCCAAGUACGCCACCGCCGAGAUCCGCAGACAUUUAGCUAAUGCCAGCACAGAUCUCAUGAAGCUGGACCAUGAAGAGGAGCCACAGCUAUCAGAGCCCUACCUCUCCAAGCAGAAAAAGCUCAUGGCCAAGAUCCUGGAGCAUGACAACGUGAGCUACUUGAAGAAGAUCCUUGGUGAGCUGGGGAUGGUGCUAGACCAGAUCGAGGCUGAGCUGGAGAAGAGGAAACUGGAGUACCAAGGGCAGAAGUGUGAGCUGUGGCUCUGUGGCUGCGUCUUUACCUUGGCCGACAUCCUGCUGGGAGCCACCCUGCACCGCCUCAAGUUUCUGGGACUCUCUAAGAAAUACUGGGAGGAUGGCAGCAGACCCAACCUGCAGUCCUUCUUUGACAGGAUACAGAAACGCUUCGCCUUCAGGAAAGUUCUGGGGGACAUCCACACCACGCUGCUCUCCGCCGUGGUGCCCAACGCCUUCCGGCUGGUCAAGCGGAAACCUCCCUCCUUCCUCGGAGCCUCCUUCCUGAUGGGAUCUCUGGGGGGAAUGGGAUAUUUUGCUUAUUGGUACUUAAAGAAAAAAUACAUCUAGUGCUGGCUGCUGGGUGUUCAGUUUGGUGUCUGUGUGCCGUGUGAAGUCAUGACGAAGCCCUCAGUAGCCGACUCCGAAGCAAGGUAGCGCCGCCGCGUUGUGCAGUGUAACAUUCCAUAGGCUAGAAGUAGAAACCUGUCCCGCCAGGAAACCACCACAGCAACACCACCACCACCACCACCGCCUCUAAAUGCCAGCUCCAGUAAGACCCUCAGGGCUCCACAGCUCGGCCGUGCCCACCGGGGAGCGACGCUGCCUGCGGCACCGGCUGGCUCCAGCAGGAGAUGGGGACCCUGGGAAGGCUCCCAACGGGACUGGGAUGCUGGGCCCUGUCCCUUCGUCUUUCCCAGCUGUUCACUGGCCACGAUUUCACACGUGCAGGUGGUGAGGACUCUCUUCCAGAGGGUGUUGUGUUAUGCUUGGAGGCUCUCCUGGGGCAGGGUGCAGUAGCUGGUCACGGUCAGGGUGGGUUUGCAUUCCUCAAGUCUCCAUUUUCCAGUUCUUUUCAGGGAAGGGAAUGUUUUUUCCUGGAGCAGCUCUCAGAAUGUAUCCCCUGGUCUUAGUAGGCUUUUGGG